AUAAAUGCAUCACCAGCGAGCUGCUGAAGGACAUCCCCCUGCCCGGGGUGCUGGGGGGCAGCCUGAGCGCUGAGGCCGAGCUGCUGAAGGGAGGCCCGCUCCCCUCCCCGAAAGAACUCAUCAACGGGAACAUCAAAACCAUCACGGAGUAUCGCGAGGAGGAGGACGGGCGCAAGGUGAAGAUCAUCCGCACCUUCCGCAUCGAAACCAGGAAGGCUUCCAAGGCCGUGGCCCGUCGGAAGAACUGGAAAAAAUUUGGCAACUCGGAGUUCGAUGCUCCUGGCCCGAACGUGGCCACCACCACCGUGAGCGACGACGUCUUCAUGACCUUCAUCACCAGCAAGGAGGUAGCUGGAGGAGGGGGGACAAGAUUUUGGGGAGCCAAACCCGG